UCUGCCACUGACCCUCCACAUAGUGGUGCUUCUGCAGUCAGUGCUGGGAAGAAGCAGAUCCAGAACCAUGGAACGGAACACCACCAUACACCAGAAUCUAAUGCAACAGUUCAACAUCUCCGACAUCAUCGUCAUCGUGGCUUACUUCUUGCUCAAUGUGGCGGUCGGGAUCUGGUCUUCAUGUCGUGUGAGCAGGAACACCCUGAGCGGAUACUUCCUAGCGGGGCGCAAUAUGGCUUGGUGGCCUAUUGGCGCGUCGCUCUUUGCCAGCAGCGAGGGCUCCGGGCUGUUUAUCGGACUGGCGGGAACUGGAGCGGCAGGCGGCAUCGCGGUGGCCGGAUUCGAAUGGAAUGCCACCUUUAUAUUACUGGCGUUGGCUUGGAUCUUCGUGCCGGUGUAUAUCUCCUCCGGGAUUGUUACCAUGCCAGAGUAUUUACAGAGGAGGUUCGGUGGGGAGAGGAUACAGAUGUACCUGUCCGCACUGUCUCUGCUGCUGUCCGUCUUCACCAAAAUUUCAACGGACCUGUAUUCCGGAGCGCUCUUCAUACAGGUGUGCCUGGGAUGGAACCUCUACCUCUCCACAGUCCUGAUGCUGGUGGUGACGGCAAUGUACACCAUUGCAGGAGGACUGGCCGCUGUGAUUUACACCGAUGCGCUACAGACUGUGAUCAUGAUCGUGGGUGCCGUUAUCCUGACUAUUACAGCUUUUAACGAAAUCGGCGGCUACCAAAAUCUGGAGAAAGCCUACAACGAGGCCAUACCGGCGCUAGUGGUUCCGAACGCCACAUGCCACCUUCCUCGGUCGGAUGCCAUGCACUUGUUCCGAGACCCGGUCUCCGGCGACCUUCCUUGGACGGGAAUGACCUUCGGCUUGACCAUCAUCGCCGCCUGGUACUGGUGUACCGAUCAGGUCAUUGUACAACGGUCUCUGUCUGCCAAGAACCUAAGCCAUGCCAAGGCCGCAUCCAUCCUCGCCAGCUACCUCAAAAUGCUGCCUAUGAUCUUCAUUAUCAUGCCAGGGAUGAUCAGCAGGGCCCUGUACCCAGAUGCUGUUGGCUGCGUGGUACCCGAAGAGUGUGUAAAAGUUUGUGGGGCUGAAGUUGGCUGCUCCAAUAUCGCAUACCCCAAACUGGUCAUUGAGUUGAUGCCUAGCGGUCUGCGCGGACUGAUGAUCGCCGUGAUGAUGGCUGCUCUUAUGUCAUCGCUGACUUCCAUCUUUAAUAGCAGCAGCACGCUCUUCACUAUGGACAUCUGGAGGAAGAUCAGGAAGAACGCAAAUGAGAAGGAGCUGUUAUUGGUUGGAAGGAUAGUGACGGUGGUCCUUGUCAUAGUGAGCGUCAUCUGGAUUCCUAUCCUGCAGAACGCCAACAGUGGUCAGCUGUACGUCUACAUCCAAUCCAUCACCAGCUACCUGGCCCCUCCCGUCACGGCCGUCUUUGCCUUGGCAGUGUUUUGGAAGAGAGCCAAUGAGCAGGGGGCGUUCUGGGGGCUAAUGGUCGGCCUGAUGGUGGGCCUUGCUCGGAUGAUAAUGGAGUUUGUCUACCCCAUUCCUCGUUGUGGUGUUCUUGACGAGCGACCGUCUGUACUGAAGGAUGUUCACUACCUUCAUUUCGCUAUCGUCCUGUGCGCACUUACCACAGGGAUAGUAGUGGGGGUCAGCCUCCUCACAGAGCCUCCUCUGCCUUCACAGGUGAAAAAUCUCACUUGGUGGACUAUACCACGAGGAAGGAACCCGUCACCCGAAAUCACGCUCAGGAAAGUGUCUACUCGGAGCCACUCCGGUCCCGGAGACAGUCAAGUUCCGGCCAACUGUUCCACCCGCAGCAGGUCCUGGAGCAGCGCCCUCUGCAGCCCCCCCAAAGGAGAAUCUCCCAGCCCAGUCCAGCAAAGAAGCAUCAAGGAGGACCCAUUCUGGGCGCGGGUGUGCUGCAUUAAUGCCAUCGUUCUGAUGUGUGUCAACAUUUUCUUCUAUGCCUAUUUUGCAUAACAUCAGGAGAAUGACUCCAGCUCAGAUUUACAU